AUGACCAGCCAAGAAGAGGGUAUCAAGCUCUUCGGAGCAACAAUUACGUUGCAUGAUAGACAAGAAAAUAAUACAGAAGAUGAAAACAAAGAAAAUCCAACCAUUGACAAGAAGCCAGAGAAGAUCAUACCUUGCCCUAGAUGUAAGAGCAUGGAGACCAAGUUUUGUUACUUCAACAACUACAACGUUAACCAGCCAAGACAUUUCUGUAGAGGCUGCCAGAGGUACUGGACGGCAGGUGGGGCCUUACGAAAUGUUCCUGUUGGUGCCGGCCGGCGGAAAACUAAGCCAACUGGGCGGGGUGGUCUUGGUGGGUACUCAGAAGGGUCCUUGUAUGAUGGCUCUGGUGGGGCUCACCAAUUUGAACUAGAUGGGUUGGUUUUGGAGGAGUGGCACUUGGCAGCCACCCGUGGCAGUUUCAGUCAUGUUUUCCCCGUGAAGCGGCGGAGGAGCAGUGCCUCAGGUGGUCAAACUUGUUGA